GGUAUCUUCCAAGCUAAAGUCUCGUGGCGAAGGAGAGGAGAGAGUUAAACUAGUGCCAGUCACCGCGUGGUGGGGUUGUUUCCUCCACCCACACACACGCACUCCCACACAGAAGCUCUAUUUUGUCCCACGGAGAGCGUCAGAGCAGACCCGUAGACUCCUGUACCGACUCGGAGCGUUUCUGGAGAGCAAAUUCAAAGUCAGCGACGCACUGAAGUAUCUUCUCUGCCUUCAGACACACAACCAUGGGGAAGGGAUGCAUCACAGUCACCAAAUACUUUCUAUUCCUCUUCAAUCUCCUCUUUUUUAUCUUUGGAGCAUUGAUCAUGGGCUUUGGACUCUGGGUCCUCUUUGAUAAUCAGAGCUUCAUCACUGUUCUCCAUGAAUCAUCUCACACUGUGAAAGUGGCUUCGUACAUCCUCAUCGGUGUGGGCUCCCUGUCCAUGGCCAUGGGCUUCUUUGGAUGCAUUGGAGCCAUCUAUGAGAUCCGUUGUCUGCUGGGUUUGUAUUUCACCUGCCUCCUGCUCAUCCUCAUUGCUCAGGUCACCGCUGGAGUUCUUAUUUACUUCCAGAGAGAUCGGCUCAAAUAUGAGAUGUCCAACAUCAUGCAGGGCAUGAUCAUCAACUACACCGGGCUGAACAGGACCACGGAGCACACGUGGGACUACAUUCAGAAAACUAUGAAAUGUUGUGGAUGGACUGGUCCAGGGAACUGGUCUGAGAACCUUGUGAUCAAGAACAACACCCAGAAGCUGUACUCGUGCUCCUGCCGCAACGAGUCCCUCCCCGGCUCUGAGAUGAAGAGCGUGGGCCUGUGUGAGCACCUGUCGGAUGACCUACCCGUCUACGAAACGGGUUGCAUCACUUUAGUGGAGAAGUGGCUGCGGGAAAACUGCGGAGUGAUCCUGGGCAUCUGUGUCGGUGUGGCAGUCGUGGAGCUGCUGGGGAUGAUCCUCUCCAUGUGCCUGUGCAAGAGUGUGGUCCAGGAGGAUUAUACUAAAGUACCAAAGUACUGAGCUGAAGAUGAAACCGUCACACAGACCAGCGGACUCUCUUUUUCUCCUUGCCUCUUUUUUUUUUUAACUCUCACACAUUUAUAUAAACCAGCUGUCUCUGCUGUUGGAGUCCCUGACAUCUUCCCAGCUGUGUAAACGUCUCACGCCCAGCGCAGCAUGUCCCACACUCCCCUCUAAAUCAAGGUUGACACACAUGCUGGAAAUAGAUUCUCCCUAUUAUAGUUCCUGAGAUUUUCUCGAGUGGGAGAGCUCACUGUUAUUUCUGUUUGACACUAUGCAGAUAUGUAUUUUUUUCUCCUUGUGUCUUUAAUUUUGUAUGUUUUUGUUCACUUAUUUGUCGUCAAUGAAGCCAUGUUGCUAAGAGUGAGCACUUUACAGCCAAAUGUGUGUGUGGAGACCCUCUGAAAGAUUACAGCCUCCUCAGAUCCUGAAGCUGGUAUUUUGGGGGCCGAGGGUGGAGGAGCGGCCCAGGGCAGGGUUGCUGCGGUGGAGGCUUUUGGCUUCGUGUCAUCAAGCUCCCCCCCUACUUACAGUCACCCUGAUGUUAAGCUCAGCUGAAUCCCACCGCCGCCACCACCUCCUCCUAUCCUUUCUCAUCUGUAAAGCGUCUCUAAAUCUGUCCUCCUGUUGGGAGUGCACAGCUGGCAGCCAGAAGCUUCUAAAAAAGCCAGUUCUGCUUGAAGUAAGUGCGUUGAUGUUCGUUUUUUUACCUUAUUUUUAGCUUUUUUUUUUUCCUUUCGUUUUACUGUCUAUGGGAUUAUAGCACUUUGGUGCAUUUGACAUGAAAAGGGUUUUAUUUCCUAUCGUUUAUGUUUCCCUCUGUUGUCAAGGGUGUGUAGAAUGAGGCUGCAUCUGCAGCUUGUCAGCACUUUUUGCUGUGAAACAGAUUGGAAUCAGUUGUUUGGCCUGAAAGCGAUUAGUCUCAUCACUUUCAAAAGCAAAAGAAAACUUUACAGCAAGCAGAAGUUUCAUGGAUUUAGAGGCAGCUGUUACCUGAAGUUUGAUCUGUCUUUUUUAAAAAACGGUUUUAUUUCUCUUUUCCUUCACGUGUUAGUGUUUGGUCUCUCUGCUUCGUUUCAAGACUCUUUAUAGAUGAAUUUAGGUCAUUUAGUGAGCAGCCUGCACUUUUAUCUGUUGUCCUUUUAUAUUUCAUCAAGUCUUUUACUCGAGGUCAUUUUAAGCUGUUACUGUGAAUGGAGUAAUAGUUAGUUACAAUUUCUUUGACCAGUCAAAUUGAUAAUUAUUUAAGUUAAGGAAAAAUGAAGGCUUCUUAUUGUUAAAAUAUUUUGUACACAAAUGUUUAGUAAAAAUACAAAAAAACCUGAAAGUUAUGUUUGGAAACAGUUUUUAUUACGUUUUGUUACUGAGAAUGACAAAUAAAUCUGAAUCCAUAAAAACC